UAUUACUAAGUGUUGUAGUGUUAUUAGGAGGGUAAAAUAAUAACGAUGUGCAGUUAUGCUGACCGGGUUGAUGUACGCGUUGUUAGCUGGGAUGUUUGGUGCUGUCGCGUCCUCAUCUGCAAAGUUGUCUCUGGGUGGCUCUUACCUUAAAGAGCUGUGCGACACUGCUGUGAGAAGGUGGAGCGCUCAGGAGAACACUUUCAGCCCUGCUCUGGACACUGCAGCUUGUGAAUGGGUCCACAUCCCUCUGAGACUGGUGUGUGGUCUCUUGGUGUUCAGCUCUAAUGCAGUGAUGUGGACCUUCUUUGCCAAGGCUCUGCGACAUUCCUCCUCUUCAGCACGGGCUACCGUAACCACUACUGCCUCUAAUUUCAUCUCCUCGGCAUUCCUUGGACAAAUGAUCUUUGGAGAAAGCCAUGCACUAUUAUGGUGGGUUGGCAUCUCACUAACAUUGUUGGGGCUUUUCAUCUUGCAUGGAUCAUCUCUUCAUGGCAAACAAAUAGAUGUGAAAAAGGAAGACUGAUCUUUCAGUGGUGUUGUGUUUGAAGAUUCAAAAAAUCAUUACUAAAUUAUUAAGUCACA